AUGUAAAAGGUGAAGGUCAUGUGAUACGAAAAUGUCAACAAAGAGUUACCAAAGUCCAUAUUUGCACUUUUUAACCACUUAAAGCAAGUCAUCUUUGAUGAAUUGUCGUUUGUUAGUUAGCCACUUUCAGAGGAUUGGUCUAAUCAACUGAUGACAAUAAUGAUGCUUGGCGUUUCCAAGAAAAAUUCCUUGAUUUUACUGGCAAUAUUUCUUUCUAUUGCGUAUUUUGUAAGUGGUAACAAAUGUACAAAUGUUUUGGGCAAGAAUGAGAUCCAUGAAGUUGUUGUUAAAGAACCAUGCAUACAGAAAUAUACAGCAAGAUGUGGCUGGCUUAGUCUCAACUACUGCACUUUCUAUCACAACACAUACUGUGACAAAAAGGUGAAUGAAACAAUAAAGAAAUAUUAUGUGAAGACAGAGUGCUGUAAAGGAUUCCUCAUGGCCAGAAACGGAUCAUGUAUAAAAAUGAAGCCUGGUGUCAUAUAUGAUAUAAGGACCACACCUCCAUCAGUCAGUUCACAUAUGUCAGCAGGUAUAAUAUUGGAUCCUAAUCAUAAAGAAGAUCCUGUUAUUGGUCCCAAGAAGGAGAAGCGUGUGAAGAUGGAAAUAUCAGGCGGAGGUUACGCAGGGAUAGCAUGUGGUCUUAUACUCAUUGUUACCAUAGUGGCUUUCAUAAUUAUAGCAGUACGGAAAAGGAAAAAGAAGCAAGAGCUACUGAAGGCUCACCAAACAGAACAAGUCCUGUAUGUCGGAGCAGAUCAGCCAAUAGUUAGAAAUUCUGGAUCCCGUAGCUCUAGGACACCUAGUGUUCAGUUUUCUAGAAGUUCAAGGGAAGCAACUCCAUCAUCAUCAAGGAUGGUAACUCCGCCUACAUCUCCUUUGAAGACAGCUCUUCCUGUAGAACAGCCUCUCAUAAAUAAAAAUUUGACAGAUGAAGAUAUUCCAGAGUCCAAUGUCUAGCCAGCAUGUGAUAUUUACAUCUACAGCAUUUAAGCUCUGAGUUGGACAUUUAAUUCUGAGCCUGAGAUUAAGGUUGAGCUUCCAGUGCAGGUGCAAACUACUACAGCCAUCGUCAACAUUUUCACUUAAACUUUCUGGUCAGAGUUACACUAACCUUUGGCUAUCACAUUCUUGCUCAAGUUUUCUAAUUUUUUUAACUGAUGAGUUAAUGUCACAUUGUAAUGGAGUUGUCAUUUCUGAAAAUUUAAGUGUUCCUUGCCAGAAUUUUGCAUCCUGUCACAAAACUUUAAUGUCUCUUUAUAUUUUCAGCCCCUUUGUCUGAAGCCAAGGGAAUGCCUGAGCUACAAAUUUGGGGCCAAUUUUUGUCCACUUAACUGUUUUUAUUAUCAUUCAUUAGUAUGUAUGGUAGUAUACUAUUGGAUGCAAACAGUAUAUAUACAAUUCAAGGAAAAGCAACUCUGACAUUAUGUUUUAAAACUAUUAAUUUGAUAACCUUUAUAAGUUUAUUGCAUGUUUUUCAGUGAAUUAUCAAAAUAUUAGAGUGAAAUAUAUCUGGUAUUUUCUAAGUGAAAAUAUCAAAUAUAUUUUUCACAGGUAAGAAACUUUAAAAUGGGUAAAUUUAGUCAAAACAUGAAAUAAAAAGAAAAUUUGUUUGUUUUACAUGUAAGAUCAAAAUAUUUUUCACUCAUGAACACCAUAUCUUACAUUUGUGGCUAUGCCACUUGUGAAAAUAUUGCAUGUGGUGUUCAGUUGAUAAAAAUGUUUUUAACACUGAAACAAACAUAUAUCCACUAUAUCUAUAGAAGUAAAAAUCAGAAGGGUAAAAAAAUAGUAAUUAUUUAUAAUUGUUGUUAGGUGGGUGACAGCAGAUCUCGUUGACAAUCUUGGACUCUAGUCUAACACCUACAGAUGAACAUAGUGAUGUACAUUUCCCUUGCUAUCUCCACACUGUUAUUUAUUAUCAUCCAAACAUUAUUUUGCUAUUGAUGUAUGUGCAUUGUUUUGUGUUUUGAAAUGUUAAUAUACCUUUCAUAAUAUAUCUAAUUUUCUGGUAGCUUUUAAGCAUGUUCACGACAGGCACAGGGUCCUUGAGACAGAAAAAUGAGAAUGGAUGUAGGUAUAUGUGUUUCUCCAAUAUUUGGUAUCAUUCUGUAAAUUUCAUUGAAUUUUUUUUCUAAAUUUUGAUGUCUUGUACUUAAAUUUAGACAUGAGGCAUUUCUUUACUUGCCACAAUUAAAAGCUUUAUUUAUGCGCGUUGUAACUUACAAAUUAAUUAUACAUCCCCGCUCCCCACCCUUCGAAGAGUGGAUAGUGUUCUGUGAGAAAUUUGUUUUGACUUUUAGCCAAAUAUUGAACACUCAGGGUUUUUAUGUGUAUUGCUAUAUGUAUAUGCUUUUUCUGUAUUAUAAAGAUAAUGGAAUCAAGGACUUUGUAGUCCUAACAGAGAAUCAAGGACUUUGAAGUCCUGACAGAAUCAAGGACUUUGUAGUCCUAACAGAGAAUCAAGGACUUUGAAGUCCUGACAGAAUCAAGGACUUUAAAGUCCUAACAGAGAAUCAAGGACUUUAAAGGCCUUCAGAGACUUGUGUAAAGUUAUUUUGGUGUCUUUCAUGGAGAUUUUUGCAUUAAGCACAUUAUGCUCAUCUUAUCAUGUAAGAUAUGUUUCAAGUUUUCCCACUAACACACUUUGUUUGUCUAAAACAUUUUAAGUGCAUGGUUUAAAAAUAUUAUUAUUAUGCUAUGCCAAUCUUUGGCUAAAAUAUUUUAAAACUGAACUCUAAAAGUAUGUAUGCAAUGGAGUAUAUUAAUCCUUAAGUAUUUAGUAUUACUAGGUUUGAAACUACCAGAAGUUUCUAGCUAAACUAUACUAAAUGUUGAAAAAGAAAAUGUGUUAAAUGUUUCAGUAAUAAAGAGUUGUUGUAUAAAUUUUUAGAAGUGCACAUAAUGUUGUAGGAAAAGAAUAGCUUUUUUUUCCCUGAAUUAGGUUGUAAAUAUAUUUGAAGAUUUAUGUAUAUACACUAUUGAAGGAUGUAAAAUGUUAUACUUUUAUUCUAUGCAAAUCUGUUUUGUUUUUGAGUGUCUGAUGUUUGUGUAUGAUAUUUCAGUGAGAUAUUAGUGAGAUUUUAGUUUUGUUGAAUUUCACCUGUGUCCUCAUGUUGGUGAUGGUAGGCAAGAUAAGGCUAUUGGCAACUGUUGAAACAUUAACAUGAUAUUUAUGCCCAUCUUCAAAGAAGGAGGGGUAUAUUGUUUUGCAGAUGUCGGUUGGUAUAUAACUCAAGAACGCUUGGGCCUAGGAUCAUGAAAGUUGAUAGAGAGGUUGGUCAUGACCAGCAGAUGACCCCUAUUGAUUUUGAGAUCAGUAGGUCAAAGGUCAAGGUCACAGUGACCCGGAACAGUUAAACGGUUUCCGGAUGAUAACUCAAGAAGGCUUGGGCGAGGAUCAUGAAAGUUGAUGGGGAGGUUGUUCAUGACCAGCAGAUGACCCCUAUUGAUUUUGAGAUCAGUAUAUUAAAGGUCAAGGUCACAGUGACCCGGAACAGUUAAAAGUUUUCCGGGUGAUAACUUAAGAACGCUUGGGCCUAGGAUCAUGAAAGUUGACAAGAUGGUUGGUCAUGACGAGCAGAUGACCCCUUCUGAAUUUGAGAUCAGUAGGCCAAAGGUCAAGGUCACAUUUACCCGGAACAGUUAACCGUUUCCGGAUGAUAACUUGAGAAGGCUUGGGCCUAGGAUCACAAAACUUGAUAGGGAGGUUAUCAUGACCAGCAGGUGACCCCUAUUGACUUUGAGGUCAAUAGGUCAAAGGUCAAGGUCACACUGACCCAGAACAGUAGAACUUUGGGUACAGCGACCAAAUGAUUUCUGUUCCUUGUGCAAUUACUGAAUUUAUCAAGGGGGGCAUUUUGUGUUCUACGAGCUCAACAUGAUAUUUACAUAAUUCUAUAAUCUGUAUGAAGGUUUUAACACUAGCAUGAUUUAGACUGUGCCUGUUAUUAUGACAACAGUACUAGACUCCAGUGUUGAAAGACUUGAGUAUGUAGACCUGUCUCAUAAUGUUAAUUUAACAAAAGUCAAUAUCAAAAAUGUGCUCAAAAGCAACCAGUCAGAUGCUACUGUUUUUGAGACUGGUUUACAAACCCAGCUAUAUAACCUUGGAUCCAUUUUACUUGGAAACAAAAUUAAUCUUUAUCAUGCUGGACACAGUUGAGUCUGCCUUUGCAACCAGUGUAGAUCAUGAUCAACCUGCACAUCUGUGCAGUCUGAUCAUGAUCUGCACUGUUCACCAUUCAGUCAGUAUCGUUUUGGUAAGCACCCCUUUUGACAGUUAAUGGUACUGUCCAGACUGAAAGAGCAUUUGUUAUAAUUGGGGUAAGAAAGUUUUGUACAUGAUUGAAUAUUGUCCUUCUGGUGCCACUGUUUACUGAAUUGUUUUGUAGGACAUUACUAGGUCCUUGUAAAAAAAUGGCAUAUUAAUUGUUACUUAAUGCAACGAUAUAUAAAGAGAUUUUCCAAAAAAAAAUAUGCUUAUUUAUUUUUUUUUUUUUGUAUAAAAUGCUCAGUUUUUAGAAAAUUAUAACAAACUUAAUGCAGUGUUAUAUAUACAUGUAAUAUGAACUUUAAGAUUAGAUGACAAUAUCACAUGUAAUAUAACUUAUUGGGUUGUUUUUUGACGAUACAUGCGUUUCAUUUACAGAGAAAGAUGUUAGAGGUGAUAAAAGUUACAGUCUAUUUAACCCUUUACUCCAUACAGAUACAAUAGUAUUGAUCAUUGAUACCCAAUACACUCAGUUGCAUUAUCUGUACACUAUCUCCAUACAGGUUAUUGGAGAAAAAUGCAAAAUUUAUACCUGUGUUACUCAGAUCAAAAUUAGUCUGUGAAUACUUCUUUUAACCAUUUAGUGUCCAACAUAAUUUAUUUUUUUAAUUAAAUUUCCUUUCUGAUGGUAUAUUUUUCAUAAUUUUGUGAUAAAUAUUUUUCACAAUAGAAAGCUACAAACCUAAGACCUUAGAAUAUUAUUAUAAUUUAGCUGUUUUAUGCAUGUGAUACAACAGAAAAGAAAUAUUUUUACUGUUACAAAUGCACAAUUUUAUUAAUUGAAGGUAAAUGAAAGACUAGAAAGAUUUUCAAAAUAAGCAAACCCAUUUAAUUAAUCAUUAAAAUCUACACCCCUACCAAACUUACAGAAUUUCAUAGAUCAUAAAAUUAAUUAAUUACAUAAUGUUUUGAUAAGAAGCACUGAUCAAAGACACUUUCUAUAAAAUUUGUUGAUCCACAUCAUAAAUAAUGAUGCAAACAACACCCUAAUUGCUGUUUUGACAGCUGUGCACAAUAAACACACUUCCAAGGGGUCCAGGUCAAUUAGCAUAAAUUCCAUAAUGUUGACAAGUGAUCUAUGGAUUUUAAUGGUUGUUAUGGUAACCACAUCUUUUAUUACACCAAUCUUAUGUCUCACUUUUACAUAAUUUGCCAUAGUUGAAUGAUAGAAUGCAAAUAAUAACUUGUUUUUGGGUCACCUAUGUUCUUUUCCAUCCAUCAAUAGCUGUCCUAAUAUAUAUAAAGUCAGUGUGAUUUUCAGAAAAUGCCACCUGAAGUAAAAGUGAUAAUUAUCAAUAAAUUACAAUUAUAACCACAAGUUUUUCUGAAACUGAUCUUUUAUUAACAGUUUAAACUUCACAAAUAUGCUUUUGUGGGCUUCAUUGCCAAUAUAUUUUAUUGGUAUUUUGCAUUUAAACUAUCAGUGUAGUAGAAUGCGAUAAAAGGAGUAUCUAUGGAGUAAUGCAUAGAUGCGUUAAAAUGAGUAUCUAUGGAGUAAUGCAUAGAUGGUUGAAAGGAGUAUCUAUGGAGUAAAGGGAUUUAUAAAGUAUGUUUUAAACUUAUUUAAAUGUAUACUAGAUUUCAUUUCUAAGCCCACUCACCUUUUGUUUGAAGAAGAUGGGAUAUAUAUUGUGUUGUUCAUGUUGGUAGGUAUAUAGACACAUUGAUUUCUAAUCAAUAACUGGAGAAUUCUUUGGGCUACUGGUAGUCAGACUCAUAGGAUAACUGUAGUCAAACUUCAAAGGAUAAUUUUCUGUGAUCUCUAGAGGUCAAAGUCACAGUGACCCUUACAUUGAAAACAGUUGCCAAGUAAUAACUGAAAAUAUGUUUGGUCUGCAUUUGUCAAACUUCAUAGGGUGAUUACCUGUGAUUAGAAGAUGCCCCCUGUUGUUUUCAGGAUCAGUGUGCCAAAGGUCAAUGUCACAUUGACCUCAAAGCUGAAAAUUACUUUCACUCAAUAACUGGAGACCCGCCGUUACAUGACUGAAAUACUGUUGAAAACGGCGUUAAACCCAAACAAACAAACAAUAACUGGAGAAUGCUUGGACCUGUAGUGGUCAGACUUCUAUGGAUGAUUUACUGUAGUCAGUAGAUGAACCUUAUUUUUGUUAGAACAGGUCAAAGGUCAAUGUCACAUUGAAACUUAAAAAAAAUACUUAUUGUUUUGAGGGUUAGUAGGUCAGAAGUUAAGUUUCUACCAAAAUAUUGGAGAAUGCUUUGGCCUACAGUUGUCAAACUUCAUAGGAUAGUUGCCUAUGUUAAUUAAAUGACCCCUAUUAUUUUUAGGGCAAGUCAAAGCUCAAGGUUACAGUAACAUUAAGACAAUAAGUGAGAAAGGCUUGGGCUGAUGGUUGUCAGACUUGAUUGAGACUGGGUGAUUGUCAGUGAUCAUUUGGUUCCUAGUGUUAAUAGGCCAAAGUUCAAGGUCAGAAAUUAAAACUGAAUAUUGUUAUUUCAUCAAAUGCUAAGUUCCCAGCAUACUCGAGACCGAAAAUUAUACCUUUACUUACCUCAGUGGCCAUCAUGGGGUUAUGUUUUUGUUUGUGUUUGUUUAAAGUAAUGUUGUUAGUGCAAUAUCUUAUUGUUACACCCACGACAAGAUUUAAUAAAACUUAUGAUAAAUCUUUUA